CCUGCUGCCCAGAGAAGGUAGACUGAUGAUGGAGGGGGAGAAAAGGGAAGUUGAAACUGGAGGGCAGGAAGAGAGUCUUGCCUCUCUAGGGUACUAUACUUUCUCACUUUAACCCAUAGAUGGAGCCUCCUUCAUGAAUAGGAAGGCUGCAAAUUUUUUUUCCUGGAAUGGAGCACCGGAAGAGGGAAAGGAUGAUUCUAGGUUGCAUCUCCUCUGAAAGAGCAAAGCAAAGCAAAGCAGAACAAAUCCAAAUCUUCCUAGAGUGUAUAUUGGAAGUGGUGACACUUUAAGAGCUGUAUGCAACAAAAUUUCAUAUUAAGAUGCUGUUUCUCCAAUAUCAAUAGUUCUGGAGAUCCAGGAGAAAAUGGAGGCAGAAGAGCCAACUAGAAAAGUCCUUCAUCUUGCUCAGGUGGAGAGCCAGGAGGAAUCAGGGCAGAGGACCAGGCAGAAGAUCUUAAUAGAACAUAUCCUUCCUUGGGAUGCCCAUCACCAAAAUCUCAGGGAGUUCUACCAGAUGUUUAAGGGACCCCGAGAAGUUUGCAGCCAUCUCCACUGCCUUUGCUUUCAAUGGCUAAAGCCAGAAAUAAACACCAAAGCUCAGAUGCUAGACAUGCUGGUUCUGAAGCAGUUCCUGACUGUUCUUCCCCCAGAGAUGGCCAAUUGGUUAUGGGAGUGUGGAGCAGAGACCACUUCCCAGGCAGUGGCCCUGGCAGAAGGCUUCCUCCUGAGCCAGGCAGAGGACAAAGAGAAGCAGAGAAGUUCUAAUAAGGUAGAUGUACAAGGUCUCAAGGCAACUGUGGAUCUAUCAGAUCACUCCCAAAAGAUCCUUUGCAAGGGGAACUCUAAAGAUCAAACUCAGGAGAUCUCACCAGGGAUUGAUAUGACUUCGGUGGUCGUUAAAAGGUCUUCUUUUCUAGAUGGAGCAGAGAGAACAACUGUGCCUUCAGCCCAGGCUCCUAUAUCCUUCCAGGAGGUGGCGGUGUAUUUCUCAGAGGACGAAUGGGCUGUGCUGGAUUCCACCCAAAGGGCUCUCCAUGGAGAAGUCAUGUGGGAGAAUUCUAAAAACCUGACUUCUCUGACUGGAAAUAAGUCAGAAAAUGACAAUUAUCCAGACCCACAGAUGGUGACAUCAGAAACUAUUAAGCAUGAAAUGACAAAAGAGAUAUUUCACUGGCAAACAAAAAUACACAAAGAAAACCUCUUUAAGUAUGUUGACGUCCCUGAGGUGUUAACACAAGAUGAUCACACAGAAAAUAGAACUGGGAACUGUCUACUGCAUAAGACUAAGGAUAGGUUAGAUUUAUAUAAUCAGUUUGAAACUGAGACCAGACACAACCAAAAUGAACAGACAAAAGAUGAAACAUUUUUCAAUCAAAAUUUCCCUCCUACUUUAUGUCAAGAAAUUCACACUGGAGAAAAAACCUAUAAGGAUAUUCAGUGUGGAAAAGAGUUCAGUGAUCCCAGUUAUCUGAUUUCCCAUAAAUUGAUCCAUACAGGAGAAAGACCACAUAAGUGUACCAAGUGUGAAAAGAGUUUCAAACAGAUUGGUCAACUGACAGCCCAUAAGAAGCUUCACACAGAAGAUAAAGUAUAUCAGUGCACCGAGUGCGGAAAGAGCUUUAAGAACAGUGGUAACCUCACUUCACACCGAAGGAUCCAUUCAGGGGAAAAACCAUAUAAAUGUAUGGAAUGUGGCAAAAACUUCAGGCAGAGCGGUUCUCUUACUUCCCAUAAAAGACUUCACACAGGAGAGGAACCAUAUAAAUGCUUGGAGUGUGGAAAGAGUUUCAAAUGGAGAGGUCAGCUUACUUCACAUAAAAUGUUUCAUACAGAAGAGAGAUUGUACAAAUGCAUGGCAUGUGGAGAGUGCUUCAAAUGGAGAGGUGAAUUUACUUUGCAUAAAAGACUUCACACAGGAGAGAAACCAUAUAAAUGCAUGGAUUGUGGAAAGAGCUUCAACCAUACUGGUACCCUUAUUUCCCACAGAAAAAUCCAUUCAGGGGAAAAACCUUAUAAAUGCAUGGAUUGUGGAAAGAGCUUCAAGCGUACCGGUAUCCUUAUUUGCCACAGAAAAAUCCAUUCAGGGGAAAAACCUUAUAAAUGUAUGGAUUGUGGAAAAAGUUUUAAGCAGAUUAGUGAUCUCACUUCCCAUAAAAGACUCCACACAGGAGAGGAACCAUAUAAAUGUUUGGAGUGUGGAAAGAGUUUCAAAUGGAGAGCUCAGCUUACUUCACAUAAAAUAAUUCAUACAGGAGAGAAACCAUAUAAAUGCAUGGAGUGCGGAAAGAGCUUCAGCCACAACAGUUCUCUUGCUUUACAUAAAACAGUCCACACUGGAGAGCAACCCUAUCAAUGCACUGAAUGCGGGAAGUGUUUCAAACAGAGCAGUAAACUUACUUCCCAUAAAAGGAUCCAUACAGGAGAGAAACCAUAUAAAUGUACGGAAUGUGGCAAAAGCUUCAGCCAGAGCAAUUCUCUUACUUACCAUAAAAGGAUCCACACUGGAGAGGAACCAUACAAAUGCAUGGAAUGCGGAAAGAGUUUCAAACAGAGCAGCAGCCUUGUUUUCCAUAACAGGCUCCACAUGGGGGAAAAACCAUAUAAAUGUUCGGAGUGUGGAAAGAGCUUCAGCAAAAGCAGUAAUCUUACUUCCCAUAAAAGGAUCCACACAGGAGAACGACCCUAUAAAUGUACAGAGUGUGGCAAAGAGUUCAGUCAUUGCAGUAGUCUUACUUCCCAUAAAAGGCUUCAUACUGUGGAGCAACCACAUAAAUGUUUGGAGUGUGGAAAGAGCUUCAGCAAGAGUGGUAACCUAAUUUCCCAUAAAAAGCUCCAUACAGGAGAGAAAUAAUAUAAAUACAAACCAUAUCAGUGCACAGAGUGUGGGAAGAGCUUUAAAGAAAGUAGUUCCCUUUUUUCCCACAAAACACUCCACUCGGGAGAGAAACCAUAUAAAUGUACAGAGUGUGGAAAGAGCUUUAAGAACAGUGGUAACCUCACUUCACACCAAAGGAUCCAUUCAGGGGAAAAACCAUAUAAAUGUACGGAAUGUGGCAAAAGCUUCAGCCAGAGAGGUUCUCUUACUUCCCAUAAAAGACUCCACACAGGAGAGGAACCAUAUAAAUGCUUGGAAUGUGGAAAGAGUUUCAAAUGGACAGGUCAGCUUACUUCACAUAAAAGGGUCCAUACAGAUGAGAGAUUGUAUAAAUGCAUGGCAUGUGGAGAGUGUUUCAAAUGGAGAGGUGAACUUACUUUGCAUAAAAGACUUCACACAGGAGAGAAACCCUAUAAAUGCAUGGAGUGUGGAAAGAGCUUCAACCAUACUGGUAGCCUUAUUUCCCAUAAAAGGAUCCAUACUGGAGAGAAACCAUAUAAAUGUACAGAGUGCGGAAAGAGUUUCAGAUGGAGAGCUCAGUUUACUUCACAUAAAAGAAUUCAUACAGGAGAGAAACCAUAUAAAUGCAUGGAGUGUGGAAAGAGCUUCAGCCAGAGGAGUUUUCUUAUUUCCCAUAAAAGACUCCACGCAGAACGAUCCUAUAAAUGUACAAAAUGUGACAAAGUUUUCAGUCAGCGCAUUAGUCUUACUUCCCAUAAAAGGCUUCAUACUGUGGAGCGACCAUACAAAUGUUCAGAGUGUGGAAAGAGUUUCAGAUGGAUAGCUCAGCUUACGUCACAUAAAAUAAUUCAUACAGGAGAGAAACCAUAUAAAUGCAUGGAGUGUGGAAAGAGCUUCAGCCACAACAGUUCCCUUGCUUUACAUAAAACAGUCCACACUGGAAAGCAACCCUAUCAAUGCACUGAAUGCGGGAAGUGUUUCAGACAGAGCAGUUCCCUUACUUCCCAUAAAAGGAUCCAUACAGGAGAGAAACCAUAUAAAUGUAUGGAAUGUGGCAAAAGCUUCAGCCAGAGCUGUUCUCUUACUUACCAUAAAAGGAUCCACACUGGAGAGGAACCAUACAAAUGCAUGGAGUGUGGAAAGAGUUUCAAACAGAGCAGCAGCCUUGUUUUCCAUAAAAGGCUCCACACGGGGGAAAAACCAUAUAAAUGUUUGGAGUGUGGAAAGAGCUUCAGGAAGAGUAGUAACCUCAUUUCCCAUAAAAAGCUCCACACAGGAGAGAAACCAUAUAAAUGCAUGGUGUGCGGAAAGAACUUCAGGCACAGCUGUUCCCUUGCUUUACAUAAAACAGUCCACACUGGAGAGCAACCAUAUCAGUGCACUGAAUGCGGGAAGUGUUUCAGGCAGAGCAGUUCCCUUACUUCCCAUAAAAGGAUCCAUACUGGGGAGAAACCAUAUAAAUGUAUGGAAUGUGGCAAAAGCUUCAGCCAGAGCAGUUCUCUUACUUACCAUAAACGGAUCCACACUGGAGAGGAACCAUACAAAUGCACGGAGUGUGGAAAGAGUUUCAAACAGAGCAGCAGCCUUGUUUUCCAUAACAGGCUCCACACGGGGGAAAAACCAUAUAAAUGUUCGGAGUGUGGAAAGAGCUUCAGCAAAAGCAGUAAUCUUACUUCCCAUAAAAGGAUCCACACAGGAGAACGACCCUAUAAAUGUACAGAGUGUGGCAAAGAGUUCAGUCACUGCAGUAGUCUUACUUCCCAUAAAAGGCUUCAUACUGAGGAGCGAGCAUAUAAAUGUUUGGAGUGUGGAAAGAGCUUCAGCAAGAGUGAUAACCUAAUUUCCCAUAAAAAGCUCCAUACAGGAGAGAAAUAAUAUAAAUGUCCGUAUAAAUGCAUGGAGUGUGGGAAAAGUUUCAGCAAGAACAGCUCCCUCACAUGCCACAAACGAAUCCAUACAGGGGAGAAACCCUAUAAAUGCACGGACUGUGGGAAGAGCUUCAGCAAGAGCAGUCACCUUCUUUCUCAUAAAAGGAUCCACACAGGGGAAAAACCCUAUAAAUGUACCAAGUAUGGAAAGAGCUUCAGGUGGAGUGGUCAGCUGACUUCCCAUAAAAGGAUCCAUUCUGGUGUGAUACCCUACAAAAUCAACGAGUGUGGAAAGAGCUUCCGGGAAAAUGGAUCCCUUACUUCCCAUAAGAGAAUCCACACGGGGGAGAAACCGUAUAAAUGCACAGAAUGUGGGAAAAUAUUUAGGAGAAGCAGUUCUCUUACUUCCCACCAAAAUAUCCACACAGGAGAAAAACCCUACAAAUGUACAGACUGUGGAAAGAGCUUUAGUCAAAGCAGUAAUCUCAUUUCACAUAAAAGGAGCCAUUCAGGGGAAAAACCCUAUAAAUGUAUGGUGUGUGGGAAGAGCUUCAGCAAUAGCAGUCACCUGACUUCCCACAAAAGGGUCCACUCGGGAGAGAAACCUUAUAAAUGUCUGGAGUGUGGAAAGGGUUUCCGUGAAAAUGGGUCUCUGACUUCCCAUAAAAGAAUCCACAGAGAAGAAAAACCAUGUCAGUGUAUGGAAUGUGGAAAAAUAUUUCAAAGGAAAAAUUCCUUUCCUAAAUGUAUCCGUACAGAAGAGAAACCCUAUAAAUGUCUGGACUGUGGGAAAAUAUUCCAAAAAAGCAGUUUCCUUAUUUCCCAUAAAAGAAUCCACACAGGGGAGAAACCAUUUAAAUGUAUGGAGUGUGGAAAGAGUUUCCGCGAAAAUGGAUCUCUGACUUCCCAUAAACGGAUCCACUCGGGCGAGAAGCCCUAUAAAUGCACAGAGUGUGAGAAAUGCUUCUGGAGGAGCAGUUCCCUUUCUUGUCACAGAAGAAUCCACACGGGGGAAAAGCCCUACAAAUGCACCGAGUGUGGGAAAAGCUUCCGUGAAAAUGGAUCUCUUACAUCCCAUAAAAGGAUCCACACAGGGGAGAAACCUUACAAAUGCCCAGAGUGUGGAAAGAGAUUCAAUACAAGCAGCAAUCUUUCUUCCCAUAGAAGGAUCCACUCCAAGGAGAAGCAGUAUAAGUGUGUGGAGUGUGGGAAGAGCUUUACCCAGAGUGCUUGCCUUAUUUCUCACAAAAGAAUCCACCGAGGGCAGAAACCGUAUAAAUGUGUGGAGUGUGGGAAAAGUUUCAGAUGGAGCAGUCACCUUACUUCCCAUAAAAGGAUCCACACGGGGAAGCCGUAUAAGUGCAGGGAAUGUGGGAAAAUAUUCCGGAUAAGCAGUUCCCUAUCUUCCCAUAAAAGGAUCCAUACUGGGGAGAAACCAUAUAAGUACAGGGAUUGUGGAAAGAGCUUCCGAGAAAAUGGGUCCCUAACUGUUCAUAAAAGGAUCCACACUGGGGAGAAACCCUAUAAAUGCACAGAGUGUGGGAAACGCUUCCAAAAGAGCAGUAACCUUACUUCCCACAAGAUCUUAAACCUGGGGGAAAAGCCGUAUAAAUGCCUAGAAUGUGGAAAACACUUCAGCAACAGCAGUUCUCUCACUUGCCACAGAAGGAUCCACACCGGAGAGAAGCCCUAUCAAUGCUUGGAGUGUGGAAAGAGUUUCAGUAGCAGCAGUAACCUCACUGCUCAUAAAAGGAGUCACUCGGGAGAGAAACCCUAUCAAUGCCUGGAGUGUGGGAAAAGCUUUAGCAUCAGCAGCAGCCUCACGUCCCAUAAAAGGAGUCACUCGGGAGAGAAACCCUAUCAGUGCCUGGAAUGUGGGAGAAGCUUUAGCACUAGCAGCAGCCUCACGUCCCAUAAAAGGAGUCACUCGGGAGAAAAACCGUACAAAUGUCCCGAGUGUGAAAAGAGCUUCAGCACAAGCAGCAGCCUAACGUCCCACAAAAGGAGUCACUCGGGAGAAAAACCCUAUAAAUGCCUGGAGUGCGGGAAGAGCUUUAGUACAAGCAGUUACCUUAUUUCUCACAAGAGGAUCCACACGGGGGAGAAGCCUUACAAAUGCACAGAGUGUGGGAAAAGCUUCAGCAACAGCAGUAGCCUCACUUCCCACAGGAGGAGCCACUCGGGGGAGAAGCCCUAUCAAUGCCUGGAUUGCGGAAAGAGCUUCAGGAAAAGCAGCAACUUUGCUUCGCACAAAAGGACCCACACGGGGGAGAAGCCGUACAAAUGCAGGGAGUGUGGAAAGAGCUUUAAUCAGAGCAGUGACCUCAUUUCCCAUAAAAGGAUCCACACGGGGGAGAAGCCGUACAAAUGCAUGGAAUGUGGGAAGAGCUUCAAUACCAGCAGUAACCGUGCUUCCCACAAAAGGACCCACACAAGGGAGAAAAUCUAUAAGUGGAUGAAGGUACAUUUUAGCAAAAGCGCUAGCCUCUCUAAACAUAGAAGGAUCCAUGCCGGAGAGAAACCCUAUAAAUGCACAGACUGCGGAAAGAGCUUUAGGAAGACCGCUACUUUUAUUUCCCAUAAAAGGAUUCAUACAGAAGAGAAGCCUUAUAAAUGCUUGGAAUGUGGAAAGAGCUUCAGAAGAAGCAGUCAGGUUACUUCCCAUAAAUGGAUCCACACAGGGAAGAAGCCAUAUAUGUGCACUCAGUGUGGAAAGACAUUUACUCAGAAGGGUAAUCUUAAUUCGCAUAAGAGGAUCCACACAGGGGAGAAGCCAUAUAAAUGCAUGGACUGUGGAAAGGGUUUCUGUGAAAAUGCAUCACUUAUAAAACAUAAAAGGAUCCACACAGGGGAGAGGCCGUAUAUAUGCAAAGACUGUGGAAAGACAUUUACUCACAGCAAUCAACUUACUUGCCAUAAAAGGAUCCACACAGGAGAGAGGCCAUAUAAAUGUGAGCAGUGUGGGAAGGGAUUUACUAAUAGCAGUCAUCUUACUUCCCAUAAAAGGAUCCACACAGGGGAGAGGCCAUAUAAAUGCCAAGAGUGUGGGAAGAGUUUUUGCGAAAAUGGGCCUCUUACUGUUCAUAAAAGGAUCCACACAGGGGAGAAACCAUAUAAAUGCACAGAAUGUGGAAAGAGCUUUGGUGAAAAUUCAUCCCUUAUGAAACAUAAAAGGAUCCAUACAGGGGAGAAGCCAUAUAAAUGUAGGGAGUGGGAGAAGCCGUAUAAAUGUGUGGAGUGUGGGAAGGGUUUUACUAAUAGCAGUCAUCUUAAUUCGCAUAAAAGAAUCCACACGGGGGAAAAGCCAUACAAAUGUUUGGAAUGUGGAAAGAGCUUCAGUCAUAAUGGUUCCCUUACGUCUCAUAAAAGGAUUCAUGCAGAAGAGAAACCAUAUAAAUCUGAAGAGCUUGGAAAGAGCUUCAGGAAUAAUGACUUAAUUUUGCCAUAAAUUUGGUGGACAAUCCCUGCAAAUUCUAGACUUUGUUAGUCAAAUCUAUGCCUUUCAUAUUUGUGUAUAUUAAUUAGGAAAGGAGUCAGACCCUUAUAUUUGGCAGCUCCAGAGAGAUGGAAUUACCAAUGAAAAAAAACAAUGAGCACUUGCUCUUUUGAUUAUAAAGAGCAGAUUUUUCUCUAAUUUGAAGCUGGCCAAUGCUACUGUAUCUUAAUAAUGAAAAUCGUUUUUUCCCUGAAGUGUAUUUUCAUCAGUUUUUAAUUGAUCUUGAUUCUGUGACGGAUGUGAAUAGGCAGAUAUUUAACAAAUGAGGCUGCCCAGGCAGGAGAAGAUAUAUCUCUACAAACUUGAUUGGUCUUUCUUCCACUAUAGCACAGAUGGAGGUACAAAUUCAACUGAUCCACAGUCACUUCCCAUAAUUUAAUUUUUCCCUCUUUUGCCUAGACUUUGCCCUUCUCUUUCUUGUGUCUUAAUAUAUUCAUUUCAUCAGAUGGCUCUAAAUUCUCUUUCCACUGGAAAAAAAAUAGAAAUAGCACAGCAGGUAUUCUGAGGUUUGAAGGAAUCUUAUAAUCGAAAGGGGACAUAAGUUCCAUCAAUGUAUGCAGAGAGAUUCAAUUGUUCCAUUGAUUGUGAUAUGGAAUUAAAAGUGACAACUAAGAGGA